GCUGCCGACGCCCGGGCAGGCCAGGCUAGAUCAGGCUAAACUCGGCCGGGCUGUGGCAGGCUUGCAGGCAGCAGCGCCUCUGUCAAUCAGGCGGACUUCCCUCCUGCACGCCCUGCGCUUUCCAGCCAGCCGCCUCCUGGUGUCUCUGCUGCCUUCGCCGAGGAGAGCGGCCGCUUGCUGAGCGCCGGAGAGGAGCGGAUGCGCCAGUGCCAGCGGGGCUGAGGUUUCCCUGCUGGCAGAGGCGCCGCGGGCGAGAGGGCGGUGCCGGCUGCCCUCCAAUGUGGCCGGAGUCCCCUGCAGGGAACUUUGAGGCUGGCUCCAGAGGCUGGGCUCGGGCUGCGCUACGCCUGCCAUGGGUCCUGCAGCCGAGAUCGCCUCGUUGGUCGCCUGCUGGGCGCUCCUCCUGACUCCGGGGGCCCCGCACAGUCCCGGGGAGAGAGAUUCUAUUUUGGGAGUGCUAGAAGAAUACAGACUUGUCAUCCCGACUACCACAGACUCUGAGGGCAGGUUCCUCUCCAAGGUUGUGUCUGGAGCUCCAAAAGGGCGCUUCCGAAGGGACACUCCAGGGGAUCUUCCACAUCAAACUGCAAAUGAGCACAUUUUUUAUAAUGUCACUGUUUUUGGAAGAGAAUUUCAUUUUAGACUGAGACCAAACUCCCGGCUGGUGGCCCCUGGAGCAACUAUUGAAUGGCAGGUGGACUCUAAUGUCACUUACAUUGAACCACUCCAUGGGAAUUGCCUCUAUGUUGGGGAUAUCACCGACUUGCCUAAUGCUUCUGUUGCAAUAAGCAAUUGCGAUGGACUGGCUGGCAUGAUUCGCACAGACAAGGACGAGUUCUUCAUUGAACCUCUGCAAAAAGGGAAGCAGGAGGAGGAGGAAGGUAGGACACACGUUGUGUAUCGUAGGGCGGCUGCCAAGAAAACACCUCCCAGUGAGCACCCAGAUUUCCAGCACAGAGAAGCUGACCUAAGCAAUCUAGAGAGCAUGUUGAAUCUCUUAGAUGAUGAGAUCCAUAAUUCCAGAAGGAGAAGGAGAUAUCCAAGGCAUGCAGCUGAUGAUGAUUACAACAUUGAAGUUCUGCUUGGUGUUGAUGACUCCGUUGUACAGUUCCAUGGGAAAGAACAUGUUCAGAAGUAUCUUCUCACACUAAUGAACAUUGUUAAUGAAAUAUAUCAUGAUGAGUCCUUAGGAGCCCAUAUUAAUGUUGUCUUGGUGCGAAUCAUCAUGUUGAGCUAUGGGAAAUCCAUGAGCUUAAUUGAGAUCGGUAACCCUUCUCAAAGUUUAGAGAAUGUCUGUCGCUGGGCCUACCUACAGCAGAAACCUGAUACUGGACAUGCUGAAUAUCAUGAUCAUGCUAUUUUUCUUACAAGGCAGGAUUUUGGCCCCUCUGGAAUGCAAGGCUAUGCUCCUGUUACUGGCAUGUGUCAUCCAGUCCGAAGCUGUACACUCAACCAUGAAGAUGGCUUCUCCUCAGCAUUUGUUGUAGCCCAUGAAACGGGACAUGUAUUAGGCAUGGAACACGAUGGCCAAGGGAACAGAUGUGGAGAUGAAGUCCGUAUGGGAAGCAUAAUGGCUCCUCUGGUCCAGGCUGCAUUCCAUCGUUUCCAUUGGUCUCGAUGCAGCCAGCAGGAGCUGAACCGAUAUCUUCAUUCCUACGACUGCUUGCGUGAUGAUCCUUUUGACCAUGACUGGCCUUCCCCGCCUCAGCUGCCAGGGAUUUACUACUCAAUGAACGAGCAGUGCCGUUUUGAUUUUGGUUUGGGUUACAUGAUGUGCACAGCUUUCCGUACCUUUGAUCCUUGCAAACAGCUUUGGUGUAGCCAUCCUGACAACCCUUAUUUCUGCAAAACAAAGAAGGGGCCUCCAUUGGACGGAACCAUGUGUGCUCCUGGAAAGCAUUGUUUUAAAGGUCACUGUAUCUGGUUAACUCCAGAUAUCUUGAAACAAGACGGAAACUGGGGAGCAUGGAGUAAAUUUGGUUCCUGUUCUCGAACCUGUGGAACGGGAGUAAAAUACAGAACACGACAAUGUGACAAUCCUCACCCUGCUAAUGGAGGUCGUACAUGUUUUGGUCCAAGCUAUGAGUUUCAGCUUUGCAGCACGCAAGAUUGUCCUAAAGAUUAUGAAGAUUUCAGAGAGGAGCAGUGCAAACAGUGGGAUCCUUUCUUUGAGUAUCAGAACAUGAAGCACCACUGGCUUCCAUAUGAACAUAAUGAUGCUAAAGAAAGGUGCCACCUUUACUGUGAGUCUAAAGAAACAGGUGACAUUGUGUAUAUGAAAAGACUGGCACAUGAUGGAACACGAUGCUCCUAUAAGGAUUCUCAUAGUAUCUGUGUGCGAGGGGACUGUCUGAAAGUCGGUUGUGACAAGGUAAUAGGUUCCUCGAAGCAAGAAGACAAGUGUGGAGUGUGUGGGGGAGACAAUACCCACUGCAAAGUAGUGAAAGGAACCUUCUCCAGGGCUCCAAAGAAACAAGGUUACAUUAAGAUGUUUGAAAUUCCAGCAGGUGCAAGGCACUUGCUUAUACAAGAAUCUGAUGCCACCAUUCAUAAUCUUGCUAUCAAGAACAGAGAAACAGGGAAAUUUAUUUUAAACGAGGACAACUAUGUGCCAGAUUCCAAAAUGUUUGUUAAUAUGGGUGUGGAAUGGGAAUAUCGGAAUGAUGAUGAUAGAGAAAUGAUACAAACUAUGGGUCCCUUGCGCAAUGGAAUCAUCGUUCUGGUAAUUCCUCAUGGUAGUGUCAAGAUUUCACUGACGUACAAGUACAUGAUCCAUGAAGACUCUUUAAAUGUUGACAACAACAAUGUUUUGGAAGAUUCAGUAACGUAUGAGUGGGCCUUGAAAAAAUGGUCACAGUGUUCAAAACCCUGUGGAGGAGGUCAUCAGUUUACAAAGUAUGGUUGUCGGAGGAAGACUGACCACAAAAUGGUUCAUCGUAGUUACUGUGAGUCCAUCCAGAAGCCAAAGCCCAUUCGCAGAGUGUGCAAUCUCCAAGAAUGUUCUCAGCCAAUAUGGGUUACUGGAGACUGGGAGCCCUGCAGCAAAAGUUGUGGGAAAACAGGCUAUCAGAUGCGUUCUGUACGAUGUAUCCAGCCACUUCAUGACAACACAAAUCGUUCUGUUCAUACCAAAUACUGCAGUAGUAAUCGUCCAGAGGGUAGGAGAGCUUGCAAUCGAGAACUUUGCCCUGCACAGUGGCGGAUAGGACCCUGGUCACAGUGUUCCGUCACCUGUGGUAAUGGCACUCAAGAAAGACAAGUGCUGUGCAGGACAAGGGAAAACAUCAUUGGUUUUUGUAAAGAUGACAAGCCUGAUACAAUAAGGUUCUGCAAAUUACCUUUAUGUCCCAAAAAUUCAUCAGAUACAUCAAAGAAAACGUACAUGAUACAAUGGCUGUCAAGACCGGACCCCGAUUAUCCUAUCCAGAAAAUAUCUUCAAAAGAACGUUGCCAAGGAGACAAGUCAAUGUUUUGUCGCAUGGAAGUUCUCUCACGAUACUGUGCAAUACCUGGUUACAAUAAACUGUGUUGCAAGUCUUGUAAUAUGUAUAGUAACAAAACGGGAAGUGACAAUACAACAGAAUCCAAUCAUAGUAAGAUUAAUGAUAUUGAAGAGAACUUCACUCCCACUCAUUCAACACGUGUUGAAGUUCAUAUCCCCCACCCUUCUUCAGGGCCACCAGUUGUUUCCAAGAUAAAUAUCACCAGUUCCAAUGCAACGGAAGAUCAGCCAGAAGUUAACGCAGUGGACGUUCCAUAUAAAAUCCAUGGACUAGAAAAUGAAGUACCACAACACAACAUCAUCUUGAGGAGGAGGCUACCCUAUGAAAGGACAAAGAACCAGAGAAUUCAAGAGUUGAUUGCUGAGAAAAGGAAAAGAGAGCUGCUCAGGAAACUACAUUAAAAUGCAAAUAUAACACACGCACAUAUAUUUCUCUCUUAUAGAGAUGUUAACCAACACCACAGUAAUGCCAAUGUCAUCAAAGAGACUAGCUAAUAACAGUGGUGCUAUGGCAGACAUGCCAAAUGCUAUAGCUUGCAACAAAUGGAAAUUUAAGGUUAUUUAAUUAAGGUUAAAUAUAAGGUUAAGGUAUAAUAUAAAUAUUAUAAUAAUGGCUAGGGUGAGAGGUUGCCACAAAAAACCUAGUGCAAUAUCUUUAUGCAUUUCACUGCAUCCACAGGAACAGUGCUAUGGUCUACAGGGUUCUCAGUUUUUAUGGGCCCUCAUGCUCUUUCAAUAUGUGCUUGAAUCCAAUGGAAUGUUACUGGGAUAAAAUCAGUAAGAGAUGCUAAUAGAUUGAUCCCACAUCCUCAGUGAUGUUUGGAAGCAUCUACUGCACCCUAUAAAACCUCACCUUUAGGAAAGUAGAUAUUUGCUUUUUUAAAACAUUACUCUUAUUUGGAAAUGUUUAGUUAAUUUCAGUGGAUUGGAGGGCUUAAGUAGACGAGCAGAUCUUCCUGGUGUUUUAAAAAGGCCAGCAGCAGCUGUAUGGGGCCCCAGUUCAGCCUGGGAUUACAGCAUGGAGGGAGACCAUCACAUGAUUUCACCAAUCAAAACUGCCACCACUCUAUGCUAUUACUAGUCUUGAAAUGGGGGGGGGGGGAGCCAGCACCUAGUUUUUGCCUGUUGUUUUACCUUCCCAGGGCUAAUAACAGUGCAGGGGUGGGGGUCUGAUUGGCAAAACUGCAUCAGCAUGGAAAAAUUAAAUCCCUUCUUUCCCGCUGCUAUCGGCCUUUUUUAAAAAACAGAAAGAUCUGAUCAGCAUUUUUGUCUGCUUCUUUUCUUACUUUAGAGUUAAUGUAUCCGGAUCCAGUAUGUCAGUCGUGUCUCUUUUUCUAUUGUGUUCAGUGGUGCUACUCCCAUUCUCAGGUGGCAGCAAAGAAUAUCACUGCAAGAUCAAGAAUCUAAUUUAGACUCCGUUUCAGGAAUCAAGUUUAAAUACAUGCCUCAUGUUAACCACUUUGAAAAUAAAGUAGGUACGUGGUUAUGUUAUUUAUCAUACAAACUCCAACAGGUGAGAGAGUAUGCUGUUUCAGCCUGUAUUAGGAAGGAAAAGAUAAUUAUGCUACUGAGUACAAUAUAAUAGAUCAAGGUACCCUGUAAUAUUAUCAUUUCUUGCAGAAGGAAAUGUUUACAUACGAGCAUUGGUUGUUGCUCCAGUAAAAGGUAUCACUAUUAGUAUUGCCAACAGGCCUGUAGAAAAAUGUUCUGUCCCUUUAAUAGAGGCUUAACAUGUGGAAAUAGGCAAGUGAAGCUUUUUAUGUCAUGAAGGUAAAUAACAUUGCCCAGUAAAUAAUAUUCCAUUAAGCCUCUACUAAAGGAACAGGGUGGGUUUUCCAGGCUUGUUGGGGGACUCUAAUCACUGUUUCUGCUUUCUUAUUCUCACAAUUGGGGACCAACACAACCUCAACAUUCCUUAAUCUAUUAAGCCCCAUUGACUUUGGAUAAACUAGUCACUUACUAAAAUAUAGUGUUUUCUAUUUAUGCUUCCGGUAUAUGCAUGUUCCAAUUAGGUGAACGCAUCAUAACAAAACAUUUGAAAUAAUCAUGAAUAUGUUAAGCCACUGGCUCACACUAGAUUACCCAAAUCACUCCAAAUGUCAUUUUUGUUUUAAAACACAAAUAUUUUGUAGGCUUAAAUACUCACAGUGCAGUUACCAGUGUUUAACAUUUUAGAUCGUUUCCCACAACCUUUUAAAUGACUGGAUUUCCCUUUUGUUUCAAUUGGUGCUUUUGAGAAGAAAAUGUUUCUUUAUUACAUUUCCUGCAGUGCAAUGUUAUGUCAUUGUGGUGACAGACAACUUGUAUUAUCAUUAGUUCAUUAGAACAGUUCUAUUAUAGCAGAAGCAAACACUUGUCAUUGUGUACAUAUAUAAAGAUAUAUGAAUACACAGUACCGGAUCUGCUUAGAUCUUAGCAGGGUAGAGUGUGACUGCGCUUUGAGUACUGGUUUCAUCUCACAGCACUUUCUGAAGGCUUGUACAGAUAUAAUUGUCAUCACAGUUUGUCACUGCUCAUUUUGUUCAAAGGCAAAGGCACAGCCCAGCCUUAAGCAUGCUUUUCUCACAAUUAAUUUCAGUGGAUCUUCUUAGUAAGUGUUAUAGAUCCAGAGGAGUUAGCCAUGUUGGUCUGUAGUAGCAAAAUCAAAAAGAGUCCAGUAGCACCUUUAAGACUAACGCUUAUGCUACAGUAAAAUUGGUUAGUUUUAAAGGUGCUACUGGACUCUUUUUGAUCUUAGUAAGUGUGUUUGUGCUUCCAACUUUUAGAUCAGACUUCUAUGCCUUCUGGCUUGUGAAUAUCUGCAUAAAAUUUUAGGCCAUCCAUCUUACAUAGCGAAAUUAAAGCUUGAGCCAAUUGUAUGAAGACAAUUAAGAAUUAAAAAUAUUCUUAGAAAUGUGUACUGCUUUAACUAGAUGUGAAGGGAAAAGAGCACAAUUGCAGAUUUUGGGUAACAGCAUUGCUAAUGGUUCAGGAUUCGCAUGGACUGAAAAGCUAGUUUAUGGCUUUUGUUUUUCUUGUUCAAAAAAUCUGUCCUGCCUUUUCUUAUCAAAAAUGAAUGCUCUGAAGUGACUGCAAGGUUGUUGAGAGUGUUCUUGCCUUCAGAAAAUGUAACUGAACAAGAACCCCAACAGACUUCAGUGGUGGCUCACCAAAACCAUUCAGUUUAUUGCACAUAAGGCUACUUUUUCAUUAGUAUUUCAUUAGUAUUUCCUGGUCUCCCAAUGGAUAAUAUUAUUUCCUUCCAAUUCAGCUAGAUCCAGUAAAAUGAUGUGGGGGACAUCAGAUAAUUAUCAUGUAACUCUUUUUUAAUAUACAUUAGCUAUAGAGCCUGGUAUACAACAUAGGAUUGGCAUCACAUUUGAGCAAUAUAUUCCUGCUUAGACUUUAGCCUUUUCACUUUCCUUUUUAAUAUGUCUCAUCCCUGAACUAUUUCAUGUGCAACAGCUACUCCUGCUGGAUGUGGAUGUACAUUCCGAUAUGCAUUUUAAAAGAUGCUGUUAUCCUUAUGGACACUUGAGUAUCCUUAUGGACACUUGAGGAUGAGCAUGCAGAUGCAUAUCUGGACCUACAUAAACUGCUUGUUUAUAGGUGUACUGUUACAUGUGGGUUUCCCUUGCUGGACUGGAAGAAUCAGAAUAGUUAAAGUAAAUUGUACGAUUAUAUCAUAUCAGAACAUAUCAAAUACACAGCUUCUCAAAGUUACAGAGCCAGUAGGGCAUUGUAAGAUUCACUUCUUGUCAGAAAAAAAAGUUAAUUUCAUAUUGCAUUUUAUCUACCAUGCCCCUCCCAUACAUUCUUAUAUUAAUGCCUAUAAAUAUACUCAGGGGUCAUUUCGCAAAAAAGAGUUGGAGGAACUUAUUAGCAUAACUGAUUUGCAUAUGCCACACCCCCUGGCAUCAUUUAUCCUAGCUGUUUUGGACCCAAUCCUGGCCAUUCAGGGCCAAAAUUGGGCCCAAAAUGGCAAAAGGGGGCUGAAAGGGGCCCAAAAUGGUCAGGAUUGGGCCACUGCUGAGCAGGAAAGUGACCCACCACCCAUCAGAGGCCCAAUCCGGGGCAUUUUGGCCCCAAUCCAGGAUGAAAUGGGCCCAAAAUGGCCGAGAGUCAGGUGGGCAGCACCACCUGACAUGUGAGCUCUUUGGGGAACUGCUGGAACUGUGUUCCUGCACGUUCCCCCUCGAAAUGAGCCCUGGAUAUACUCACAUGACAACUUCAGCUCAUAAAAUAGCAGCACUUUCUGGGAAUGGCCUCUUGUUAUCAUUUGAUGUCUGUCCUAAUUAAUCUUGGUGAUGUUUGGAAGUCUCUUCUCUUUGCUAUAUAAACCUGCUAUAAAAAGCAUCCCACUCUUCCUCCAAGGAACUCAAGAGACUGUGUACAUGGUACUCCUUCCAUUUUAUCCUCACAGUAAUCCUGUGUGGCAGGUUAGGUUGAAAGAGAAUACUUCAUCCAAGGUCACCCUGGGAGCAUCAUAGCUGACUAGGGAAUCCUUGUCCGACAGUCUAAUAACCACACCAUACUCCGUACACUGCUUCCCUUUCCAUUUAUUGCAAACGUAGCAUUUUAAUCUGAAAUCUGAAGAAAUAAAUCCAUCUGAUUAAGUACAUAGAAAAUACCAAGUCAAAUAUAAAGCCACAUUUUAAACAUUAUGUAUGGUGCCAUUUUUUUUUCUUUUAUGAUACAUUUCCUUGACAUAUGAAAAGCACAAAUUUUGGGCUCACAUUAACUGCACAUACUUUCCACAUCAAUAAUAUUCAAAAUUAGUAUAUAAAAAAGGUUUUGAACAUUUUUUUUCCUGUUCAAUUUCUGAUGAUUCUUGACUAAAUUCUGCUCCUAGUAGUGGCACUGUUAUACUUGAAGUAUCAUUUUGCCAUGAUAUUUCAUAAUGCAGCACUAGGCAUGCUACUUUUUCUUUAUAUAUCUUUUUUGCGGGCCCCUUUGCCCUUGAAAUGCAACAUGGCUGACAGAACUGAAAUAGGACCAGUUUUUCCAAUCAGAGCAUGCCUGUAGUAGGAAAAGCUGCAGUUUUUGCAUUCCUGCUUGCAAUGGCAAAGGAAAACUGAUUGUCUGUGUGUGUGAGAGAGAGAGAGAGACUGACAGACAGACAGUAGUACAGUUCUGUUCAAUGUUGACAUUACACAGUGGCCGUUUCCACACACGUUGAAUAAUGCACUUUCAAUGCAAUUUAGUUAUCCUUUAGAAGUGGAUUUUUUGUUCCACACAUGGAAAAUCAGUUAUAAAUGUUCACUAAAGCGUUUUGAAAGUGGAUUAUCCAAAGUGUGUGGAAGCAGCCAGUAACAGCAGAACAGUUCUGUUCAACAUUAAUAUUAUGGGUCUAGUCUUGCUAGUGGACUAAGAAUGUAUUCACCUUUUAAUUGACGAGUUCCAGGAGCUACCAUAAUGGAUGACAGUUUAUUUUGUCUUCUGUGUGUAUGAACAGCUGCUCUGUUGCCUCCUCCCCUCUAACUCUCCUACUCCUUUCAUCUGCCGUGUCUUUUCUGUGGGUAGAAAACCACACAUUGACCAAACAUACAUAUUUUAGUUUAAAUUUUUAUUUUAUGAAGAGUGACUACUUUUUUUCUCUCAGGAGCCAGAAUGCUGACAAUUUUUCUCUCAGGAGCCAGAAUGUUGACAAUUCAAACAUAAGAUAACUUCUUCACAAUUCAUAUGUCUAUGAAAACUAGAGAUGCAGCUAAGUCCUAAUUAAGAAGAAAAAAAGGUGGCUGAGAUAGAAUCUUCUGCUUGGCCUAAACAACUUGGUCAUUUCUUUUGUGACAGAAUAACUAGGUGGCUAAUUGUUCUUUGAUGCUUUAAUAUGUGGUUGCUUAUUGUGCUGUGAAGCAACAUCUAGGGGUUUUUUAAAAUCAUGCAAUGCCUUCUAUACAUUCGGUCACUAGCCAGUUUAAUAUUACAGUUUCGUGCAGAGCAUAGCUAUCUAUGGCUGUGGUACAAAUAAAAUACAUUUGUUCCCAUUGGCUUUAGUUUCCAGUAUUACAAUAGUUCAGAAGAUGUGGAAUGAUUCUAGUCACAAUCCCCAAAUGGCACGUGGUCCGCAUACUACCAAGGGAAAUGAAUUCUAAAUUUAGAUCCUAAAAAUGCAUUGUUCCGCUAGGGUUGCCAACUUAAAAAAAAUUAGCUUAUUUCUGUCCUUAUAGCAAUAGCUUAAUCCAUAAAUGUUAGCAGGGCUACAAUGCUCAUCUCUAUGCUGUGAAAAACUUCAGUGGAUUGUUUUUGAAGCUUGGAAUGAUUUUGAAUUUCUCAUCUCUACUGCUUUGACUGGAACAUCCCAACUUCGAUUCCUCUUGUCUUCUGCAAACUGAACCUGUGAUUCAUGAUUUUCACACCAUGUUCUGUUUCUUCACUCUGAAUUUUCCCCUCCAAAAUUAUUUGUGUGCUUUGUGUGCCAGUAAAUCAGCAUUGUACCUUACAUGUAUAUUAUAUAUAUGUGACGUAUAUGGUAUAUGCAAAUACCAUAUAAAUUAUGUACAAUAUGCAUACACAAUAUGCAAACUACAAAACCAGCAGCAAAAAGCAGAGAACUGAAACUGUUCCCAAAACUAGGUAUCAACCAACCAGUCAAUCUUCCAAAGAUAUGCUGUGGUUUAAACAUCAGAGCAGGAUAGGAUUUGUUUGAGUCAGUUGAACUCCUACAUUCAACAUUCUUAAACAUAGUCCAUGGUACUUGGAUUACCACUGUUCCAUUUAUUUUCUCUUUGUGGCAACCUGGAAAAGAAGACCUUUGCUCCAGCUGCAUUUCAUUUUAUCCACUAAAACCACACCUUUAGUGAUUCAUAUACUUGGAUUGUCAAGGCUAAGCUCUUUGUUUUACUAUUUACCUUCAUUUAUCAGGUUUAAAGGAUUCCGUUCAUUAACUGUAUUCUCUGGGAACCAGUUUAGGGUCUCUUAACACAACCACCCAGUACAUGAUAGCUACAUGAAAAUCUUGCAGAUGCUAGAUUUUUGCCUGGACUAGCCAGUGGCAGAUGCCCCAUCACACUGUGCAAGACUCCACUUUAAAAUGACGUUUGCAUAAAGACAAUAGCUGGAUUCUGUACACCACAGUUACAUUUGCACAACUGGCUGGCCUUGGCUAAGAGACAGUAGUUGCAGGAUUUUCACUGGCUACCACCUUCCCUGCUGUGUGAACAGACCCUUGGAUGUCUUAUGGAAAGAGUCUUUAAAUGGUGCUUUGCCCAGUACUCAAAGGUUUUUUUUUUGUAAUCUCCUUUAUUAUAUAAUGCAUUUAAUAUUUUAUUUACUCUCUGCACAGUGUUAGCUGUGUUCAUAUGGCACAGCCAUUCACAUACAACUCAUAUACUUUAACAUCUGCUGCAAUGAAUAGCCAUGAAUUGUAUAUUAAAAUGUAUAUACAAAUCAGAACUUUUUAUUUUAUAAUUUAUUAAAGUCCAGAUGUCUGGGGUUUUUUUGCAACAGUGUUUGACUUUUUAACUUGGACAACUCAGUUGACUUUCUUAAUAACUUUAAGUAUACAAAGGUCAGAGAUUUCAAAUUACAGCAAAGCUUGUUGCACCCAUAACAGGGAUUCAGCUGUGGUCAGAAGGUCAGAAGGUGAGCACAAAAUGUUGGUAUAGGAAAUACAUCCUAUAUUUUACAGCUUUUUGUAUUUUAUAGCUUCCAAUAAUUUUAUAUUUUACAGCUUUCAAUAAUAAACACU